AUGGUUGAGAAUGAAAGUUUUUAUGAAGAAAGUAAAUUAUGCAAUUAUAUAGAUGGUGGACCAAAGCAUGAUUCAUUUUAUAAUAAGGACGGUUUGUUAUUAAGAAAUUAUUCUUGGAUAGUUAAGAAUGCUAUAGGUAUUAUUAUAUUAGUUCAUGGUUUAUAUUCUCACGCAAGACUCGGAUUUUUAAGGCAUAAUAUAAAUAUUAUAAGCAACCAUGAAGCUGUGUUAAAUGAUAGUGAUAAUUAUUAUAUAUAUAAGGAUAGCUGGAUAGAAGAAUUUAAUAAAAAUGGUUAUUCUGUAUAUGGCCUAGAUAUGCAAGGUCAUGGAGAAUCUGAUGGUUAUAAUGAUUUGAAACAUCAUGUAAACAAUUUUGAUGAUUUUGUAUAUGAUUUAUUACAAUAUGUAAUGUUAAUUAAUAGUUCAUUAUCCAUCGAGGAUGAAGAAGUUAAUACGAAUAUAGAAGAUGAUGAACAAAAUGUAAAUAUUACGAUACCUCCUAUAUAUUUAAUUGGAUUUUCUAUGGGUGGGAAUAUAGUUUUACGUGCUUUAGAAAUAUUAGGUAAAUCAAAAGAACUGCAAAAACGAUUGAAUAUAAAAGGAUGUAUAUCAUUGUCACCAAUGAUUUCAGUUAAUGCACUUGGAUCAAUAGAUUCACGUCAAUUUAAUUAUUUUUUUAAACCAUUAAUAAAAAUGGUCUCAUGUUUAUUUACGUUAUGGAGAUUACCCUUCAUGAAUAAAAUAAGGUUUCCAAAUAAUUCCUAUGUUAAUGAUAUACAUUUUCUUGAUAAAGUUCGUUUUGAUAAAGGUAUGACAUUUAAACUUGCCUAUGAGUUAUUAAGAGGAAUGCAGAAUUUAAGUGACAAUAUAAAUGAUAUACCUGAAGAUAUAUCUGUAUAUAUUAUUCAUUCAUUAAAAGAUUGCGUGUGUUAUUAUGGUGACACAGUCUCUUUUUUUGAUAGACUCUAUAAUAAUAAUAAAGAAUUACUUAGUAUAGAUAACGUGGAUCAUGUGAUUGUUAUGGAACCUGGAAAUGAGGAAGUUUUAAAAAAAAUAAUUUCUUGGCUUUCAGAAGUUCAAGAAAGAGAAAAUUUAAUACACAUUAAUUAA